UCUGGACCUGACAAAAUGUUUGCCAAAGCGACUCGGAAUUUCCUUAAGGAGGUUGAUGCUGGAGGGGACCUGAUCUCAGUCUCACACCUGAAUGACUCUGAUAAGCUGCAGCUCCUGAGUCUGGUGACCAAGAAGAAGAGGUAUUGGUGCUGGCAGAGACCCAAGUACCAGUUUCUGUCUGUCACCCUGGGAGACGUCCUCUCAGAGGGCCAAUGGGUCAGUCCAGUGGUUGUGGAGUCGGACUUCGUGAAAUAUGAAAGCAAGUUCGAGAACCAUAUGAGUGGGAGCAUCGGAACGGUUGUGGGGAAGGUCAAGCUGAAUGUCGGUGGCAAAGGCCUGGUGGAGGGUCGCUCUUCUUUUGGGACCCUGAGGAAGCAGGAGGUGGACCUGCAGCAGCUCAUUCAGGAUGCAGUCGGGAGAACAGUUAAUCUGGACAACCCGGUGCUCCAGCAGGUACUAGAGAGGAGGAAUGAGGUCCUGUGUGUACUGACACAGAAGAUUGUGACCACGCAGAAGUGUGUGAUAUCUGAGCAUGUGCAGAUGGAGGAGAAGUGCGGAGGCAUGGUGGGGAUCCAGACCAAGAUCGUGCAGGUGUCAGCAAUGGAGGAUGGAACUGUCAUCAAGGACACCAAUGUGGUGCUGGAGAUCCCUGCUGCCACCACCAUUGCCUGUGGCAUCAUUGAGCUGUAUGUGAAACAGGAUGGCCAGUUCGAAUUCUGUCUUCUCCAAGGGAAACAUGGUGGCUUUGAGCAUGAGAGGAAAGUUGACUCUGUCUACUUGGACCCCCUGGCCUACAGAGAAUUUGCAUUCCUGGACAUGCCGGAUGGGGGUCAAGAGAUCUCUUCCCAGGAUGGGCCACUACAUGUUUUAAAACAAGCAACUUUGCACCUGGAGAGGAGCUUCCAUCCUUUUGCCGUGUUACCUGCACAGCAGCAGAUGGCGCUGUUCUGCCUCCUGCAGACAGUCCUGUUUGAUGAGGAACUCCUUAAGGCCCUGGAGCAAGUGUGUGAUGAUAUGGCUAGUGGCCUCUGGUCCUCACAGGCUGUCUUGGCGAUGGAGGAGCUGACAGACAGUCAGCAGCAGGACCUCACAGCCUUCCUGCAGCUGGUGGGGUGCAGAGUACAGGGUGAGCGUCCUGGCCCACAGGAUGAGGUCAGCAACCAGAAGCUCUUUGCAACAGCCUACUUCCUGGUCAGUGCACUAGCAGAAAUGCCAGAUAAUGCCACAGUUCUCCUGGGGACUUGCUGUAAACUCCACAUUAUCCAUGUGUUGUGCCACCUGCUCCACACUCUGUCUAAUGACAGUGUAUGUGAUUUUGAAGACCCCACCUUGGCUCCUCUGAGAGAUACUGAGAGGUUUGAGAUUGUGCAGCGUUUGUUUGCCUCUGCUGACAUUGUCUUGGAGAGGAUGCGGUUGUCCGUGAAAGUCAACAUCCUGAAGAACUCUUUUAUUUUCCCAUUAAUUCUUCAUAUCACUCUAAGUGGGCUCUGCACUCUAAGCAAAGAACACGAGUAAUGUCUUUGUCAGAAGUAUGUGCUACUGGCCAAGGCUGGGCCCUUUUCAGAACUGAGAAAAUACUUUGGUAUU